GCCUUGCGCUACGGGCUUCUGCAGCCCGCGCAUCACCCCCGAGCCCUGCCCCAGGCCUGAAGCUGCGGACCUGGCUCUGGGCAGAGCCGCCAUUGCCAAACUGUCAGCGUUUUGAAGGGGCUCUGGAAUACAAUACUGGCAAAAGGGGACACUUGAAAAUGAUGUGCAGAAGAAAUAGGAAGGUACCAGAGCUCCAUGACUGUCAGGUUGGCCCAAUGAGCAUGUCAGAGAGGACAGCCAAGCUGAGGAAACAUCUACAGCCACAUUGGACCCCUCCUUCCAGAACCAGCUGCAAUGUGCUGCACUUCCUUUCCUUGGAGGUACAUUUUGCAACAAAUGUGUAACCACCUACUGGUUUAAGACUGUUGCCAUGGCUACUCCCUCCUCCACCAUGACAGCAAGACUAUAACUUGGACCUCCUUCUUCAGAAGCACGAGCCUCCUACCACCUGUGCUGAAGACCUGUUGCCAUCAUCCCCUCUAGGCUCAGCAGUGGAAGAGUGGAGCAGAUGAGAUGGAACCCAUGGAGCUGUUGGUCUCUAUGGAGGAGCUUCAGGAUCAAAGUUGCAGGUGACAGAGUGACCUUAGAAGAUGUCGAACCAGAGUAACGGUGACACGAAGCCCCCAUGCCUACCCCGGAAUGGAUUGGUGAAGAUUCCCGCCCAGCCCAAUGGACUUGGCUCAGCCAGCAUCACCAAAGGGACCCCAGCAGUGAAAAACCGCCUAUGCCAGCCUUCUUCCAUGCCUGCUAUCAUCAGCCCAGCCUUAUCAAAUCACAGUGACCUGCCCAUAUCCAGCCUGGCAUCACCGCUGUCCUUGGCAACUCUGGCAGGGGUGUCUUCCCCUUCUGGCACCUCUGUGGUGGGACUGAACUCGAGUGAGGCCUCCUCAACAAAUGAGCACUCCUCCCCAGAGAGGGCUUCUGGCUCCCCCACAGAAAGGCAGCUGGCUGUGGAUGAGAAGAUCCUUAACCGCUUGUUCUGGUACUUUUCAGCCUGCGAGAAAUGCAUCCUGGCCCAAGUGUGUAAAGCAUGGCGGCGGGUCCUCUACCAGUCCAAGUUCUGGGUAGGCCUCACACCCGUCCUGCACACCAAAGAGCUCUACAACAUCCUGCCCAGUGGUGAGAAGGAGUUUGUCAACCUACAGGGCUUUGCCAUCAGGGGCUUCGAUGGCUUCUGUCUGGUGGGAGUCUCAGACCUGGACAUUUGUGAGUUCAUUGACAACUACCCCUUGUCCAAGAAAGGGGUGAAGUCCAUGAGCCUUAAGAGAUCGACUAUCACAGAUGCAGGACUUGAGGUGAUGCUGGAGCAGAUGCAGGGUGUGGUGCGACUGGAGCUCUCUGGCUGCAAUGACUUCACAGAAGCCGGGCUCUGGUCCAGCCUGAAUGCCCGCAUCACCUCCCUGAGCGUCAGUGAUUGCAUCAACGUGGCUGACGAUGCCAUCGCUGCCAUCUCCCAGCUGCUGCCCAACCUGACGGAGCUGAACCUACAGGCGUACCAUGUGACGGACACAGCCCUGGCCUAUUUCACCGCCAAGCAGGGCUAUACAACUCACACCCUGCGCCUCAACUCCUGCUGGGAGAUCACUAACCACGGGGUAGUCAACAUGGUGCACAGCCUGCCCAACCUGAGUGUGCUUAGCCUCUCUGGCUGCUCCAAGGUGACUGACGAUGGGGUGGAGCUGGUGGCCGAGAACCUGCGGAAGCUCCGAAGCUUGGACCUGUCCUGGUGCCCUCGGAUUACUGACAUGGCCCUGGAGUACAUAGCCUGUGACCUUCAUAAGCUGGAGGAACUCGUGCUGGACAGGUGCGUGCGGAUCACAGAUACUGGCCUCAGUUACUUGUCCACCAUGUCAUCUCUGAGGAGCCUAUACCUCCGUUGGUGCUGCCAGGUACAAGACUUUGGCCUGAAGCAUCUCCUGGGCAUGAGAAGUUUACGCCUCUUAUCUCUUGCUGGUUGCCCACUCCUGACCACCACAGGCCUUUCCGGCCUUGUCCAGCUUCAAGACCUGGAGGAGUUGGAGCUGACCAACUGCCCUGGUGCCACCCCAGAGCUCUUCAAGUAUUUCUCCCAGCACCUGCCGUGCUGCAUGGUAAUCGAAUAAGCAGUCCCCAGGAUUGGCCAACUGUUGGAGUCAUCUCCAAUCCCAAUCCAGCACUGACCGACCAACCAGAGUCAUCCGAUUGUUUGUUUUUCUUUCUUUCUAUUUUGAGAGAUGCAAAAGACACUGGCGACUUAACUCCACCACCACGUGUAAAACAAACCAGAAUUAUUCACAUCACCACACCCGGUGACAGUGCCU